GAUCCCAGUGACGAAGUCUUCAAGACAUCAGAAGAAGAGAGACUGCCAUACCAAAGCGUAAACCAUUACCGACGCCUCCAUAGUCUCUUUCUCUUUUCUCAUAUGGGUGCAUGCCCAAACACACACACACACACACAUGCACACACACACACGCGCACACACACACCUCUCAUCUCGUGUCCUCUGUGACAACAUUUCAGCAACUUCCAGGCCUGGACUAAAACUUGAAAUCUUAAAAAGAUGCCAUGACGACUGUUGUGGGACUUUAGCUUGGCAGGUAGAGAGCUUUUAAAAACGGUCUUGGACUCCUCUCUGGCACAAACACGUUUCUAAACAUCAUGGCUGAUCACAGUUCCAGCCACCCUUCUGAGCCUCCACCCUUCCCUGCCAUGUACCGCCCUCAAACGCAAGGUCAAAGAUCAAACUAUGGCCUUUUUCAGAACAGUUCUGUGAGCAGAAUAAACCAGUAUGAAGAUAGCAGCCUUCUGAAUGACCCUGCUGACAAUUGUGAGAAUGCUGGAACAAGUAUGAACGGAAUUGGUGAGCAGAUAAAUACAGCAUAUUGGGACAUGGAGUCUCUGAUCUUGUCUCAAGCUGGUGCAUUCAACAGAACCAAAGCCCCCAGUGAACGAUAUGAGGAAGAAUGGAAUUCCAGUUCACAGCAGCAGGAUGCAAUAGAAAAUUAUGGUACUACAGGAGGGAAUCCUCAGAAACUUGACUCUUUCUCCGAAGCGUUUUCUGGCCGAAGCAUUUCUAGAAUUAACAGCUGUGUUGAUCAGGUUGGAUACAAUGUUGAUCCAAACAACUCUCCCACUAUUCCAUCUCUUCCUUCCCUCUCUUUCCCUCUGGUUCUGAGUCCUCCUCCUACACCUCUUCCUCAACCAUCUCUUUCUCCUCCUAAACGGGGUCUUUAUCCCCCUGCUGCACAGUCUCUGUGCCAAACACAAUCACAGUCCCCUUGCGAAGGUUCGUUGCGGUUCUUUUCAUCCCUUUCUUGUACCAGUUCUAUUCUUCCUGGGGUUUUCACUCCUACUCACUGGCUCCCACUUUCCACUGACACCAGUGGGAGUGGAGACAUAACACAGCAUCUCCCCCAAGACCCGGGCCCAUCUGCAGUCUACCCAGAGGGGGUGGGGAUUCAUCUAAGACAGCCGAGUGCUACAGAGGGAGACACAGACUGCUCUCUAGAGACUUCUCCAUGUUCACCUCUGGUUCAGCAUCCACCCCCACAAUCUGUUCCAAACCUUGAGAGGGAGCAUUGUCCUGUGACCUCUGAACAGCACAUGACAUGGUCCCAGAUGAUGCCAUUAUCUCAACCUUUUUGCCCUCCAGUCAAUCACUUGAACACUCAGACAGAGGGGCUGAGGGUGCAGGAGGACACGAAGCCCACUGCAGGGUUCCAGCGAACACCUUUUUUAUGCUUGUCCAGCUCACAGAAUAAUCCCUUGGCAAUCUACACUGGAGUUCCAUUCCACAGCGUCCUCCAGUCAGGAGCACUGGGGGAAGAUCGGCAACACAUGGCUCAUCACUAUACUCCACUUCCCAUGCUGAAUCCCACUCGCAGUGGAACAGGGCUGUACUAUAACCUGCUGCCUCCAAUGAACCACCAGGACCAGUGGUCAGAGGAAACAGGACAUCGUAUUCAACAGGGGCAAGUGAAUAUAGGGCCAGAGUUUCAGGCUGAGAUACCUGAUCUGCUUGAGCAGGAGGAGAUAGAGUUGUCAUCUGAGGAACCACUUUGGGAGGAAUUACUUUGGAAACCAUGGGCGGAAUUGGACAGGAAUGAUGACCUACUAGAGCAGGUGGAGAAUCUCCUAGAUCUCAGUACUUCUACUGCUUUACCUGGAGGUGUUGCUAAUCUGGAACUUGCCCUUCAUAGCCUGUUCUUAUGCCAAGGAAAUGUAUUGGCUGCUUUGGAGAGGAUGUUUUUCUCAAAUUCAAAACCCUUUAGAGACUACCAUUAUUCUGGCAGUGACGUCUGGCGGUUGAGUGAGCAAAAGUUGUUUCAUAAGGCUUUUGCCAUGUAUGGAAAAGACUUCUCAUUCAUUCACAAAAUGGUACAAACAAAGGGGGUGUCACAGUGUGUGGAAUUCUACUAUCACUCCAAACGGCUCAGAGAGAAACAGAGGAAGCUAAAGGAGAAGGAAGCGCAGCAACAUCAAAUUGCUGCAGAACCACUUACUUCAAAUAACCAGGUCAUGGUGAUGAACCCCAUUAAUGUAGACAGGCUAAUUCAUACACCUGCACUGGCUCCAAGCUUUCCCUGCAAACAAUGCGGAAAGAUGUUCUACAAGAUCAAAAGCAGAAAUGCUCACAUGAAGAUCCAUCGUCAGCAGCAGGAGGACUGGAGGGAGAGAAUCCAUCCAAACAAUCAUCUUAACCUGACCCAGGUCCUGCAGAACCAAAACCGAACCCUGACCAAUCCAAACCAGCUGGUUACACAGGGUCAUGCAAACCAGUUAUUAACCCAAAGCCUGAUCCAGAACCUGGUGCAGUCUCAGGCUCAGCUUGCUUUUAUCCAGAGCAACAAGACUCAAAGUACUUGUUUCACUACUGCCAUCAGCAGUACAAAUUCCACACAAAGCCCGCAGAUGGCUCCCAAAACCCCAGCUCUACCACUUUACAGGGGUCCCCAACAGACAUGGGGUGCGAUUCAUGGUAGCUUAGACUCUGGUCUGUAUUAUGACUAACAGAAGAGCACAAGUGGGGAUUCAGGUUUAACGUCUUGGCUACAAUUCAAUGAUGAUUCUCCUUGUCCAUUUCAGGAACAGUAAAACUGACAUGUAGCUUAAGUUUGUACAUAAUGAAUUUAAAACUAUGUUAAUUAAAUGUCUACUGACUUAA